CUGGAUCCAUUCCUGUCAAAGGCUCCUUCACCGGCGUAAACCCUCCUCCUCCAGUUCUCCAGCUGAGAAGUGUUUUUUCUCCUCAUCAUGGCGGUGACAAACCAACCGGGGAGAUUCCAGCCCUCUGAAUUCCAGACCGGCCUGUGCGAUUUCUGCGACGACUGUGGGACAUGCUGCUACGGGCUCCUCUGCUACCCGUGUAUGGGCUGCUCCAUCGCCAGCGACAUGGACGAGUGCUGCCUGUGUGGCCUGGGCAUGCCCAUCCGCAGCGUCUACAGGACCAGAUACAACAUCAACGGGUCACUGUGUACGGACUUCAUGGUGGUCGGCUGCUGCCCGGUCUGCGCCACCUGCCAGCUGAAGAGAGACAUCGACCGCCGCAAGGAGCAGGGCAUCUUCUGAGCCCAGGAGCUCCACGUAAGGACCCAGCAGCCUCUGUAUGCCGGCGUGACCUCAGGAUGAUGUGAUGUUCUCCAGCUCCCACCAAACGCCCUCGUUUGAGGAAGCCACUUUUUUUUUUACGGCUUCCAGUCAGUUGAUCAUUACUCAGCCUCAGAGCGGCCGUCGCCUUGAUUUAUCGCCUGUCGUCGUAUUUAAUCUGGAUCAUCCGAAGCAGAUGACAGGAUGUGGGGAAAUGGGCUGAUUAACACAUCUCAGAUAGGCCUUUUGCUCUCUUUUGUUCCCAGCACUUAAACUUCCUCACAUUUAUGAACACUUCCCAGAUGAAUUUUCUUGUUCGUCAACACCAGCUUGAAUCAAUCAUCUCGGUGGUGUAAAAUGUGCUUUAACUGAUCAUUUAUGCUUCAAUAAAAUGUUUUAUGUCAUAAAA